AUGCUUUCUGCACGAUCAUUCUUGUCUUCCGCACGCACAAUCGCUCGUUCGAGCUUUAUGAACACCAGAACAUUGUCUGAUAAGCCAAAAGGUCAUGUUAUCGGAAUCGAUCUUGGAACCACAAACUCUUGCGUCAGUAUCAUGGAAGGAAAAACUCCAAAGGUUAUUGAGAACGCCGAAGGAGUCAGAACCACCCCAUCCACUGUCGCUUUCACCGCCGACGGCGAACGUCUUGUCGGUGCUCCAGCCAAGAGACAGGCUGUUACAAACUCCGCCAACACUCUUUUCGCCACAAAGAGAUUGAUCGGAAGAAGAUUCGAAGACCCAGAGGUUCAGAAAGAUCUUAAAGUUGUCCCAUACAAGAUCGUGAAAGCCAGUAAUGGAGACGCCUGGGUUGAAGCUCAAGGAAAAGUGUAUUCCCCAUCUCAAGUUGGAGCUUUCGUGCUUAUGAAGAUGAAGGAAACCGCUGAAAGCUAUUUGGGUACCACCGUCAACAACGCCGUUGUUACUGUUCCAGCCUACUUUAACGAUUCUCAACGUCAAGCCACCAAGGACGCCGGACAAAUUUCUGGACUCAACGUUCUUCGUGUGAUCAACGAGCCAACUGCCGCUGCUCUUGCUUACGGAUUAGACAAAGACGCCGGAGACAAGAUCAUCGCUGUGUACGAUCUUGGAGGUGGAACCUUCGAUGUGUCUAUUCUUGAGAUCCAGAAGGGAGUUUUCGAGGUCAAGUCCACCAACGGAGACACUUUCCUCGGAGGAGAAGAUUUUGAUCAUGCUCUCGUUCACCACCUUGUUGGAGAGUUCAAGAAGGAGCAAGGAGUUGACCUCACCAAGGAUCCACAGGCUAUGCAAAGACUUCGUGAAGCCGCCGAGAAGGCCAAGUGCGAGCUUUCCUCCACCACCCAAACCGACAUUAACCUUCCAUACAUCACCAUGGAUCAAUCUGGACCAAAACAUCUUAACUUGAAGCUAACCAGAGCCAAGUUCGAGCAAAUCGUUGGAGAUCUCAUCAAGAGAACCAUCGAGCCAUGCCGCAAGGCACUCCACGAUGCUGAGGUCAAGUCUUCUCAAAUUGCCGACGUUAUUCUUGUCGGAGGAAUGAGCAGAAUGCCAAAGGUCCAAACUACCGUUCAAGAGAUCUUCGGAAAGGUUCCAUCUAAGGCCGUCAACCCAGACGAGGCUGUUGCUAUGGGAGCUGCUAUCCAAGGAGCUGUUUUGGCUGGAGAUGUCACCGACGUUCUCCUUCUUGACGUUACUCCACUUUCUCUUGGUAUUGAGACCCUCGGAGGAAUCAUGACCAAGCUGAUCACUAGAAACACCACCAUCCCAACCAAGAAGUCGCAAGUCUUCUCUACUGCUGCCGAUGGACAAACUCAAGUGCAGAUCAAGGUCUACCAAGGAGAACGCGAGAUGGCUUCCAGCAACAAGAUGCUCGGACAAUUCUCUCUUGUCGGAAUCCCACCAGCACCACGCGGAGUCCCACAAGUCGAGGUUACCUUCGAUAUUGACGCCAACGGAAUCGUCAACGUUUCUGCCAGAGAUCGUGGAACCGGAAAGGAACAACAAAUUGUUAUCCAAUCUUCUGGAGGACUUUCGAAGGACCAGAUUGAGAACAUGAUCAAGGAGGCUGAGAAGAACGCCGCUGAAGAUGCCAAGAGAAAGGAACUUGUUGAAGUUAUCAACCAAGCCGAAGGAAUCAUCCACGACACCGAACAGAAGAUGACCGAGUUUGCUGACCAACUUCCAAAGGACGAAUGCGAGGCUCUCCGAACCAAGAUCGCUGACACCAAGAAGGUUCUUGACAACAAGGACAAUGAAACACCAGAAGCCAUCAAGGAGGCUUGCAACACCCUUCAACAACAAUCUCUCAAGCUGUUCGAAGCCGCUUACAAGAACAUGGCCGCUAAGAACUCCGGAGGAGCUGACGCUCAAGAGGCCAAGACCGCUGAGGAGCCAAAGAAAGAGCAGAACUAA